AUCUUUCCCGUUUUCACAAGAAGUUACACCUAAGAACAAAGUUUCAAUGUGCUGUGUUGUUUGGUUUGCUGUAGCCUGUUUCUGUGUAGGCCUAUUUCUAUCAAAGUUAAUUUAACACAAUGUGGCAAGCCAAUUUUCUUAUCAUAGUGUAUGCAACUCUGGGUUCGUUUUGCCUAGAGAUAGUUCCAAAAGCAAAUGUUACCUUUGAAAUGUCUAAUGCAGCUAGGCAUUUUGGGAGGUUAGUUAUUGGGAGUAGUACAAAGCUAAUCUCAAAUAAAAAUAAGGAAAGUAAUAGCACAAAUCAACAAGCUGUGCUUGAGGACACUGAAGGAUAUCAGUCUGAUCAACCUACUUCAACAGCAUGGCAUAAGAUGGUGGAGUCAAAGCUGAGGCGACUGAAACCUACUGUGUAUUGUGGUGGUGAUGCCAUGACCCUGCGUGUUCAAGGAAGUACUAUGCCCAACUUCAUGAUUGAUGGAGAUUUUUACUCAGGUGACGGUCCAGUCCCACUGACACAGAUACCUGCCAACUGUGGACUCUCAGUAACUCAAGGUCCCACAGAUGCUGUCUUUAAUGUAGAUUAUCAAGGCUGUCAUGUUACACAACAGGCAGAUGGCCAUGUUCUGCCACUGCGUCUGUGGGGAAUGCCCGUGAAAAUAUCUUGUCCUUUGGCUCCAUAUGCUCUCCCUACUGUCUCUUGCCUUGCAUCUGGUAUGGUGACCAAGAUAAGCUGCAAGUCUGCAGAUGUUCUUAAACUAAAGGUGAAUGGCAAAUGGGACCCCUUUAUACCAGAAAGCAGCACAUGUGGUAUCACUGCAGAGUCUGAGACGGAUAGAGUGGUGAUCAAUGCACCAUACCAAAGCAGCUGCUGGCAAAUUAAGGGUGGUGAAAGGUUUCUGUCCAUACUGUGUGGCAAUGAGGAAUUUAUCUUUUCCUGCCCUGAUUUCCAGGACCCUCAUCUCUAUGGUCAUGUUAGAAUCAUAUCUUCUCACAAUCAUGAUCCUAAUGUAACGUCUCCUACAGACAGUAUAAUGGCCACGAACAUUGCUACAACAGGCCUUGCUAGUAAUCCAGAACAGCCCAUGUCUUAUCCUUUUAGUCAUAUGUAUUAUGGAUAUGAUUGGGCAAUCCCUGCAAGAACCACUACUGCCCCAUCAGUCACUUCUAGCCCUACCAAAAAUGCCCCUUCUACUAUCUCUACCAGUAAAACUGUAGAUAUGAUGUAUCCUUUCCCUGAGAUGUAUUAUCCAUUCAGCCCCAUGUCAAAUGGCAAGCCUAUGCCUCAAGGAUAUCAUUGGCCUUUUCCUGCAAAAGCACCCACUAUUGCCCCAACUACUACUGUUCCAACCACUACAACAGCAACCACCACAACAUCCACUACUGUUGCUAGUAACCCCCAACAGUCUGCAUAUGCUUUCAAUCAGAUGCAUUAUCCAUUUGGCCCCAUGCUGUAUCAUCAGAACCCCAUGCCUCAUGGAUAUAAUUGGGCUUUUCCUGCAAAAGCACCUACUACUGCCCCAACUACUACUGUUCCAACCACCACAACAUCCACUACUGUUGCUAGUAACCCCCAACAGUCUGCAUAUGCUUUCAAUCAGAUGCAUUAUCCAUUUGGCCCCAUGCUGUAUCAUCAGAACCCCAUGCCUCAUGGAUAUAAUUGGGCUUUUCCUGCAAAAGCACCUACUACUGCCCCAACUACUACUGUUCCAACCACUACAACAGCAACCACCACAACAUCCACUACUGUUGCUAGUAACCCCCAACAGUCUGCAUAUGCUUUCAAUCAGAUGUACUAUCCAUUUGGCCCCAUGCAUUAUCAUUAUAAACCCAUACCUUAUGGCUAUCCCUGGGCUUUUCCUGCAAAAGCACCCACUACUUCCCCAACUACAACUGCUCCAACCACUAAAACAACAACUCCCCAAUCAACUGCCACAACCUUGACUACUGUCGCCAAUGACUCUCAGCAGUCUGUGUAUUCUUUCAAUCAGAUGUAUUCUCCAUUUGGCUCAAUGCAUUGCCAUCACAGGCCCUCACAUCAUCUUGGCUAUCCUUUGAUUUUUCCUGCAAAAGCCUCAACUACUGCUCCAAAUAAACCUGCUCCAACAAUUAAAACAUUUGCUACAACUACUAAAGCUGCAACAAAUUCCACAUCCACCAUCAUCGCCAGUAACCCCCAACAGUCUGCAUAUCCUUUAAAUCAGAUGCAUCAUACAGUUGGAUCCAUUUUGUACCCUCAGAAGCCUGUACUUCAUGGCUAUCCUUUGGCUUUUCCUCCAAAAGCACACACUACUGCUCCAACAACUAAAACGGCAAUAACUGCCACAAUACCCACUAUUGUGGCCAGUAACCUUCAACAGUCUGUGUAUCCUUUCAAUCAGAUGUCUUCUCUAUUUAGCCCCAUGCAUUACCAGUAUAAACCUACUCGCCUUGGCUCUCAUUUUACCAGUGAUCUGCCAGCUUUGUAAAAUGACCUUAAUAUAACUACACCAAUCACUGUUUAUCCCAUGUCAAAUGUCUGCUGUUUAAGUUACCUCACUAUGUAGCCUGUACAACUUUAAAUUGCUGUUCAUAUCACCAUACUAUCCACCUUGAAUAUCCUAUCUUUGUGGUUCACUUUUUUUAUUUCAAUAAAUUAAGCGAACUGA